UUUGGUUUUCCUGUUGACAUGGGAGCAGCCUGGUUGCAUGGUGUCUGCAACGAGAAUCCAUUGGCAUCUUGGAUUGGAAGACUUGGUCUACCAAUUUAUCGAACUUCUGGUGACAAUUCUGUCUUGUAUGAUCAUGACUUGGAGAGCUACGCACUCUUUGAUGGUGAUGGACAUCAAGUGCCUCAAGAUCUAGUGGAAAAAGUUGGUAAGGUGUUUGAAACCAUUCUGGAAGAGGCUAACAAACUCAGGUGGAGUUUGAAGGAUUAGGAGAAUUAAGAAGCAAGGAUGAAGAAG